UUUGGCAGUUCUUGAAGACGAAGACUAUGCAGACAACGAAGAUUAUGACGAAGAUACAUUCAACUCUACCUCAACAGCAAACAGUACGUUGAUUUUAUUAACCAGUCUGUCAAACACUACAAAGGAUCCAGGAAAGAGUGCUAAAUUUGUGUGCCAAGUCCAGAACUUGCACUCUAACAAUUCCAAGGUGAAUUUUCAUUGGAAAAUCAAUCGGAUGCCUUUACCCACAGAUAAUAGGAUCAAAGUCAAGAGUUUGCAGGAGAAAGAAAACAAGUGGAGGUCAGUUUUGAGCAUUAAAAAACUGAAAUUUUUCGAUAAAGGUUUUGUGGAAUGUAUAGCGAACAACGGAGUGGAUAAAAUACGUUCUGAAUGCACCCUAAUAGUGAAUCCUGAAUCCCAAAUGUUCGGUAGUACAGCAGCAAAUGCACUGAAUUUUGGUGGAUCAGAUAGUGACAAUUCUGACAUCACCACGUUCCUACCCAGCGCAAUAUCCAACAACGGUGACCAACAUACAGACCCCUUGUCUACUCUACCUCACAAGACAAAGACAUUCUCCACCUCCAUUACGUACGACCUGGAUAGUACCGGCAAAGUGGUGGACAGUGACAGUACCGUCGAAGUGGACAGGACCGUCAUAUAUAACGGUUCUGAACCCUUCUGUCAACUAUACAGGGGUCAAGUAUGUAAAAACUUCUUGGCUGGCCAAUAUGUUUUUGUCCAACCCCCCUACACCAUGGAAGACAUCGAAAAUAAAUUAUUUAACGCAUUUGCCGUGAUUCUCCGAUCAAAUGACAUAUCACAAAGCUGCAACAAAUUUGCUCGUCCUAGUAUCUGUUUUUCUGCAUUUCCUUUGUGCUUGAAUCACAAAGAAGUGAACAAUUUCCAAAAAGAGCACAAGAGUGAAUUCAGAUUAUUGAGCAACGAAACUAAAACUAAGUUUCAAAAUAUCAGGAAAAGACUGACGAAUAAAUUAAGAAGAAUCUGCAGAGAUGAGUGUAUGUUACUAGAGAACGAACUUUGUAGUAAGGAAUACUCAAUUGCAAAAAGGCAUCCUGUUAUUGGUCAAAUAAUGGAGUUGGAAGUGUGUGAAAGUCUUCCUGUCGAAAUGGAUCCGAGUUCAAGCCAUUGUUUGCCGCUUGGGGUGGGUGAUUUUAAAGGAAAUAAAGAGGAGCAGUGCUACUGGGAUACCGGAAAACUGUACAGGGGUGUCCAAAACGUUACUGUUUAUGGCGAACCCUGUAUAAAAUGGUCUCACCAAUUUCAUUUACUUCCUUCAGAGUAUCCUGAAUUGGCUGGCCAUAACUACUGCAGAAAUCCAGGAGAUACAGAUACAGAACCAUUUUGUUAUGUUGCGCACAAUAAAAAAGAAGUUUGUGGUGUUUCUCGAUGUGUACUGGUUUUUGGUACCUACGUGGCCGCGAUCUUGGUGAUAAUAUCGCUUUUGGUUGGAUUGAUGGCGACCUAUUGUUACUGUAGAAGGAAAAACAAGGUAGCCAGGAACUUACAACAUAAGGAUAUACCCCAAGUCAACAAAAACAUCUAUGGUAACCCCGGUCCAUCCAGUCCUAUAGAACUAAACAGUCUUUUGCCCCCUCAUAUGCAAUCGACAAACCAAAGAAACCAUAACCAUAGUAAGUUAGGAUAUCAGAGCUUACCUCAGUACACUUACAAAGAGGUGAGGUUUGUCAAAGAACUAGGAGAAGGAGCUUUUGGUAAGGUAUACCAGGGUGAAUUGAAAACUAAGACCGGUAAGGUUUUUGUGGCUGUGAAAUCUUUGAAAGAAAACGCGUCAGCAAAGACUCAGGCCGAUUUUCAGAGGGAGAUUGAGCUGAUUUCUGAGCUUAAACACCCGAAUAUUAUAUGUCUGUUGGGCGUAGUAACAAAGCAAGAACCUAUGUGUAUGUUAUUUGAAUAUAUGUCAGAGGGAGACCUACAUGAAUUUUUAAUAGCCAAUUCACCAGAAAAUGGAAAAUGUUUAACUCACGAUCAAUUUUUAGAUGUAGCCAUACAAAUCGCACAAGGUAUGGAGUAUCUGUCAGAUAACCAUUACGUACAUAGAGAUCUGGCAGCUAGAAAUUGCCUAGUGUCAAAGGACAUGGAAGUAAAAAUCAGCGACUUUGGCUUGAGUAGAGACAUGUAUUCUUGUGAUUAUUACAGGGUGCAGUCAAAAUCUUUACUCCCAGUAAGAUGGAUGCCUCCAGAAUCCAUUCUAUACGGAAAAUUCACUACCGAAUCUGACGUCUGGAGUUACGGUGUAGUACUAUGGGAGAUUUACAGUUAUGGAUUACAGCCCUAUUACGGAUACAACAAUCAGGAGGUGAUUAAUAUGAUUAGGUCGAGAAAAUUGCUGCCCUGUCCCGACGCCUGUCCCAGUUAUUGUUAUUCCUUAAUGGUGGAGUGUUGGGCGGAACAGGCCAAUAGGAGGCCUAAUUUUAAGGAGAUUAGCGAUAGGUUAAAGAUGUGGAAGCAGAGCGGAUGUACCAAUGGUGCGUACUUUAAAUCAGUGCCUCCAUCGUGCCAACCUACUCCGCAACGACAUAAUAUGUUAAACAGCUCAAAAUCUAGCCACGCCUCCGAUUCUCAGACGUUAUGUGCGCCAAUAGAAAAUCAGAUGUCGUCUUUGACGUGGGAAAGUGAUAGGCACAAACCAUCUUCUAGCAGAUUACAUGACAGCCAAAGUAGUUUGACGUCAGGCAGAUCAUCAAGUUUAGGCAAUACAACGCAAAGCACAAACAUUAGCUUGGAAGGGCGAAGGGACAGGAGGCACAAGGGCAGCAGAAAUCUCGAUUCGUUAGACAGAAUGGACAGGGUGAAUCCAAAAAACACCAUCGUAGUAAGCAGCAGCCCGAGCGGAGAUAAUUUCGAAACUAUAAUUAGGGAAUAAUAAUUCUAAAAAAAUAAUAAUUUAUUAAAAGAUCUCUCUCUGUAUGCGUGAUUGAUGUACUUUACGUAACGUUCUUAUUGCAGGCAGCUCAAAAACUUUUUACUAUAAUCAACGACAGAUCUAUCGAAUUUUUUCUAUCCAAAGUACUUUUUUUUCGUUUUUCAAUAUCAAAUUUAUUGAAAUAAACUUUUCAUUUCAUACUGUAGGAUCGAUGAAAAAAAACGGCGUCAAGUAAGCUUGGAAACGACGACCGAUCGAUGCCUACCAUGACAGCGUUUUUUUUUCUUCGAAUUUUACGGUAUAAGCCUUGUUAUUUUAUAUCUUAAUGUAUACAGUGUAUAUUAUUAAAACGAUAAACAACAUUUUUUAUUUCUUGUUAAUGAAGAUGUUUAAAUAAAUAUUUAUUAUUUUUUAAACGUAUCUUCGUGUAUCAUAAAAAAAAUAAUUCGUCGCGUUUUAUUUUCGAUGUUUUUUAGUAAAAUUAAUGUAUAUGUAUCUAUUAUAUUGAGUGUGUCCGUGUGUGUUUAUAUUAACUCUAAAUAAAUUCUUUUUUAUAUAA